AUGGGCUGCGGCCAAUCCAAGAACCACCCAGAAUUCACCCCUGGUAAACAAGACGGCAAAGUGGACUACCGCGCGAAAAAAGCCGCCUUAGCGCGAUCUCACAAACACGACGGCCCGAGCGGGCGUUUACCGGCAUCCAUCGACGAGCAAAACAAGAAAAAGCAACCUCGGGUUCUUGGGAUCAUCCCGGCUCGGUACGGCUCGACGAGAUUCCCCGGGAAACCGCUCGCGGACAUCGCCGGGAAACCGAUGAUUUGGCACACGUACACGAACGCGUGCAAAUCGAGAGCGUUAGAUCUGUGCAUCGUGGCGACGGACGACGCGAGGAUUAAAAAAGUGGUUGAAAGUUUUGGCGGGAUAUGCGUGUUGACGAAUCCGGAGUGCGUGAACGGGACGGAGCGGUGUUUGGAAGUGUACAAAAAGUGCAUUAAAAAAGGAGAAGAGUACGACGUGAUCGUGAAUAUUCAAGGAGACGAACCGUUUAUUGAACCGGAACAUAUUGAUUUGGUCGCUCAAAUCGUCUGCGAGGCGGAGGAGGACGACGUGUGCAUGGGAACGUUGUGCCGACCGGCGAUUGACAGGAAGGACGUGGAAGGCGUGAACAACGUCAAAGUGGUCGUCGAUAGAAACAUGAACGCGCUUUACUUCUCCAGAGCAAUCAUCCCUCACAACAAGAGCGGGACGUACGAUCCAGAUACAAAGUAUUUAAGAAAGUUGGGCAUCUACUCGUACCGGGCGGAUUUUCUUCCGGAAUACGUGCGCAUGCCGGAAUCAAUGUUACAAAUCAGCGAGGAUUUAGAACAAAACAAAGUCAUCGAGGCGGGAUAUAAAAUCAAACUCGGGUGGGUCGAAGACGCCGUGCACGGAGUAGACACCGUCGGACAGUUGGAGGCGCUCAACUUAGCCAUCGAGAGAGGAGAGUUGAUGCAUCGAGGGAAGAGAAUAAAAAAAGGCGGGAAGUCCUUCAAGGGUCAAUUCUAG